AUGACAGUCGACUCGAUGCGAUUGCACAUAACGCCUUUCAGCCCUGACCUCCUCCGUGCAGUGGUCGGUCCAAAUUUACUAGACCAAGUCUCCAACCUAUCCUACCACACGGUCCAAACAUUCCCAGAGAACAGUUACGGCUACCUCGACUUGCCUACGAUGGAGGCGGAAAAGAUCAAAAAGAAACUCAACGGAGCCAUUCUGAAGGGCAAGAAGAUCAAGAUCGAAGAAGCGCGGCCGGCGAAACGCAGGCGUCUUGAGGAACCCGCGGAGGACUCGUUGACGAAAAAGUCUAGUUCGGACACAAAGAGGUCGGAGAAGGCGCACAAUGUCAUUCUGGGCUAUGAGCUUCCCCCAACUCGCAAGGUGAAGCGCGGGUGGACGGAGGCUGACUUGACCAAGUCGGGCAAAAAGGGGAAGGGGAAAGGGAAAGUUUCAUCCUCGACUUCGAAGUUUACCGACAAGAAUGAGCUCCUCUUCCGCACGCAGUUGCCCCCAAACAAAGCCAGAUCAGGCAAGAAAGCGAAGUCCAAAAAGAACCCUGGUGAACGCGUGGUACAUGAAUUUGAACACUCGAUAACGCAACCUUCCUUUCUCCGACAGGAUGACGCUCAAGGCACCAGAGGGAAUUUAGAAUAUAUUGACGGGCAGGGUUGGGUUGACGAAGCCGGUCAAGUGGUUGAACCAGAAAGCGAGCGUAUCUUGGUGAAGAAAGAGACGCUCAAGCAUUUGAGGAGCGCUGGUGGAGACAUGGAGAUCUCUUCAGAUCACUCGUCAGCUGCUUCUACGUCUUCCUCUGAUGAUGAAUAUGGAGUUGCCAACGGGCAGGAUGAGGAUGAAACGAGCACUUCUGGCUCAUCAUCUGACUCGGAGUCGGACGAGUCUUCGGACACCGGGGCAGCGGGUUCGGAAAGAGCGAGCUCCGCCACAGGCACCGAUCAGGAGCCCACCGUGCCAGGAGAGGUCCAUCCUCUCGAGGCUCUGUUCAAAAAACCUAGCAAGCCUGCCUCACAGGAUGUAGCAAAGCCGUCCUUGGAGGUCACGACGUCGUUCUCGUUUUUUGAGGCCAGCAAUGAAGACGAUGUUGAUGAAGGGGCCAAUAUGCCAGGGACACCUUUCAGUUCCCGAGAUAUGCAGUCUAGAGGUCUGCGAAGUGCUGCGCCCACACCCGAUACGGCGCACCCGAGUCGGUUCAACAGCUAUGGAAGUUCGGGGUUGCCGGACGACGAGGAAGAGGAAGAGGAAGACGAUGAUGGUCCAGAGGCUGAUACUCCUUCCGGAGGUCUUCUUGAGUCGCAGAAGCAUCUCAUGGAGACACCAUCCCGGAAACAGAGCGAGUUUGAGAAGAAGUUUUGGCAAAACCGAGGCGAUAAUAAUCGAGCAUGGAAACUGAGGCGCAGGAGUGUACUGAAGGAAAAGAGACAGCGGGAGAACAAGGCACGCAGACCGAAGAACUGGUGA